AGCGUAAUGUAAACGAAAGUCAGUAUUGGCUAUUCAGUCUAUUUUUAAUGCAAACACAAAGGGAACGAACCUUUCAUUGAUCAGGUGCUUUGAGAGAGGAAACCCUCAGGCGAAAAUACAUGUGAGAAUGGACAGGGGAAAGAGCUUGGAGUCCCGAACGAGUGGCGGUGAGUCAUCAGCAAAUGACUACGAGGUCUUCUUGAGUUUCAGAGGGCCGGACACUCGCCAAGGAUUCACGGAUUGCCUUUACCAUGAAAUGCUAGAAGCAAACAUCCAUGUUUUCUUCGACGAGGAAGAGCUUCACGUUGGUAAAGAAAUAGCUGGUGAGCUACCGACGGCCAUCGAAAAGUCGAAGAUCUACGUACCCAUCUUCUCUAAAGGUUAUGCUUUGAGUCCCUGGUGCCUUCACGAGCUCGCACACAUGGUGGAGUGCACAAAAUCCAAACCAUCAGAGAAGGUGAUUAUGCCGAUUUUCUACGAUGUGAAACCUCGCGAUGUUAGACUUAUGUCUCCACGGUACGUCUGCGCUUUGAAGGAGCAUGAGAAGAAGUUCGGCUGCCAGACGAGGCUAAAGUGGGAGGAUGCCCUCAAAAGUGUAGCUCAAAUCAAAGGAUGGGAGCUGAAAAAGCAAGGGUAUGUAGGUGUCCUAAAGUGCUCCGUAACUUUUGUUUUGGAAUUUCAAUGUAUAUCCAAGCUUCCAUAAGUUCUCGUUUAGAUGGUCUGUAAUUGAAUAAAUAGCAUGUGUGUUUUGGAAAACUAUUUUUGGUAACCAUGUCAUUCAUCCAAACCAAAUAA